AUGUCGCUCCACCACGUACUUGGGCAUCAUGGCAUGGGCGAUAUGGCAAUGGUUAAUGGUAGUGACCAUCGCAUGGAAGACUACUUCCCUCAGAGCGAGACAAUCUCUUCCUGGAUUCUUUUAGUGGUUUGCGGUGUCUUAAUGUGCAUUACCGUGCCUAGCAAUCUCCUUGUUCUCAGUGCAUUCUCCACGGAGAAGAAACUCCGCACGUACGGCAACUUGUUCAUUAUCAACCUGUGCGUGGCGGACCUGUGCAUAGGGGCCAUCAACAUGCCCCUCACAGUCCUGGAGGAGUCGAUGAAGCUCAUGGGGCGUGCCUGGCCCUUUGGCCACAUUUUUUGCCACUUAAUAAAGACUCUGGAGCACGUUUUCUUGUCAGCGUCCAUUAUGACCGUGCUUAUCAUCUGCAAUGAUCGAUACCAGGCUAUCCGACACCCUUUGUCUCAUCUUCAGGAUCGCAGCACCAGAAGGGCGGGCCUGAAGAUCCUCCUUACCUGGGGCGUGGCCAUUCUUGUGUGGUUGUCCUUCAUCCUGGUCUGGGGCGUGGUUGAAGGCGACGACGCUCUGCCCCAUAUGUUUUGCACUGCAAUGUACAACACUAACCACUAUUCCACAGGAGUAGCCAUUGCCCUAGCAAUGUGGAUCCCUUACCCAGCUAUCCUCAUCAUGUACUGCAGAGUCUAUCGCACUAUCCACGCCGUUAGAAAGGGUAAGCUGAAGAAGUCAACGAUGACCAUGAAGGCUAAGAAUGACACCUCGUCACACGAAGACGACGCAACGACCGAUUUCACCGCAUUUGGCAUCGGGAAUUCCCGCGAAGAGAUUCCGACCAUAUCAGUGAUGACCGUCGAACUCAAAUUUUGCCAGCAGAACAGCGCAGCUCUUGGGCAGCAGGUUUGCAAUCAUAGAGCCGCUGGUACAAGUCUAACCGGGUCCAAGCUAUCCCGCAACCUGAAGACUGAAGACCGAGGUGAACCACCAGAAACCGCUCCCCCAACAGUCUCAACAUCUCUGGACAGGGCAGAAUCAUCCCCGGUUCCAAACGAAAACAUCAACCUGAGACGCUAUAGAAAAAACAAGGCAGAUAACAAGAAAGCCACACUGACCCUCAGCCUCGUUGUAGCCUCUUACGCCAUCUGCUGGCUACCGUAUGGCAUCAUCGUUCCCAUCACCAGCAUCUGUGACAUGCAUCCCGGGGCUUUCCCCCCGUUACCCGCUUACUACAACGCGGCUGUCGUCGCUUUCUCGAUGUGUCAAAGCGCAGUAAAUCCAUUCUGUUAUGCAGUCGCCCAACCGGCCAUACGUCAUGCCGUCUUCAAGAUACUCUCCUGUUAUCACUGUUGCUUCAAACCUCCAGAAUAGACUAUAUCUUUGUACAAAGUCAUCGGAACACACUGUCGUACAUUUGUAAGAUUCCGGCGGUCACCUUUCUUUCAGAAUUUGACUUUUAGUGCAUUUUCAAAUCUUCUUGGGUGUCCUUCAAAUUAGGGUGAAGGUGUUUGUGCUGAAGAGUUUCGAGCCGGUAUUUCAACGAAUGUUGCACCACGAUUGCAUCGCGUGUGUUGAAUAUCACAUAACUGCUCUAAAGAGUUUUGCUUUUCGUGAGGUAUAAUUUCACCAGGCCCAAUCAUGGAAAACCCCCUUUUUUAGCCGGGGCGCGAUGAAACUCCAGGUAGGAAUAAAGCUUGGAUGCAAACUAGUCAAG